UGCUGUUCUGGCGGACAGUAAAGAUGGCGACAGAGCUGACAGUGUUUACGAAUACCCGGAGAAGAUGACGACGAUAAGAUUAGUAACUUUCGAGCCGCGGCGUUGACAGUGCUCCUUUUAAAGUCUUCCCGAAAACGCUUGCUAACUUGUUGACUUUGGUGGCAGUUGAUCGGAUCUAACGGGCACAACCGGCUGUGGCUCUAACAUGGAGGAUAUCAACUCAAACAUAAACGCGGACUUGGAGGUGCGGAAGCUCCAAGACUUAGUGAAGAAACUCGAGCAGCAGAAUGCGCAGCUCCGGAGCCGAUCAAGCCUGCUGUCUUCCUCUUCCUCGGGCGGAAUGUCGGGGAACACCAGACCCGUGAGCGCCGGGUACGAUUCCCCGGGAGCGGCAACGGCGGGACUCGCCGGGUUCACUGGGGUGGGGUUCGGCGGAUCGAGGUGUUUCGGUGGGCUUUUGGAGAACUCGCGGCUGAGCCCCAGACGGUCAUAUCACGGCAGCAGUUACGGAGGGGGAUAUGACAGUGACAGCGCUUCUUGUGCCACCUCCAACACGAGUGUCACGUCUUAUUACAACGAUUCGCUGGAUUAUAUCGCGGACGGGGAAACUUCGGUGCUGGACGAGGUGGAGAUCCUCGAUCUGGAGGACAUGGAUUGCCUGUACGAAGAAGAAGACAGCUGGUUGUACGAGGCAAAGUUGAACAGUCCUCUGCAAAAAGCCUUGAGUCCCAUAAUGUGGUGCAGACAAGCUCUGGAUAACCCCAGCCCUGAUAUGGAGUCUGCCAAACGAUCUCUCAUACACAGACUCGACCUUACCAUGUCAGCAAAUAAGCGGAGGAGUCUGUAUAACAGUUCCUACAGUCCUCAAGUUGGUUACGGAAGCCCAUACAGCACAAACGCAGCAAACAGUCCCUACAGCAGUGGCUUCAACUCCCCUUCAUCCACUCCAUCUAGAGUGCCUAUCGUCAAGCAACUAGUUCUCCCUGGCAGCGCAAGUCAGCAACGUGGAUCGGCUGACAGAAACGCUCAGGCAGUGAGCCCUCAGUCCUCAGUAGACAGUGAGUUAAGCACAUCAGAGAUGGACGAAGACUCUGUCGGUUCAUCGACCACAUAUAAACUCAAUGACGUCACAGACGUGCAGAUACUCGCCCGCAUGCAGGAGGAGAGUUUAAGGCAAGAAUACGCUGCAACAGCGUCUCGUCGUAGCUCUGGUUCCUCAUGCCAGUCGUUGCGACGUGGAACAUUGAGUGAUCAAGAGCUAGAUGCACAGAGCCUGGACGAUGACGAGGACGCAGUCCACCAUGCCUUCCACACACCCAUCAACCGGUUUAGCCCCUCCCCUCGGCAUUCCCCCCGUGCCUCCCCCAGGAACUCGCCCCGUUCCCGCUCACCCGCCCGCUCGUUAGAGUACAGCCGCGGAUCUCCCCAGCCAAUCAUCAGCCGCCUUCAACAGCCCCGACACUCUCUGCAGGGCCAUGAUGCCCAGACCAAUGCCAUUAAGAAUGAAGAAAAGUUAAGGCGGAGUCUGCCUAACCUCACACGUACUAGCUCUGGUCCAACUGCAGAGCCGGUGAAGAACAGCAGGAGCUGUGAGUCAAACCUGCAAGUGCCAAAUGGAGGGUCACCCAGACACCAGAGUCAGUCUGCCAGUGAGUCUACAAACACACACACCAAUCAGUUCAUUACGGCACACCAUAGGCUCUCCACGCCUGCUCACUCCUCCCCAAAACCAAAAGAGAGACUGCAGAGCCCAACGUCUCUACGAGUGCCCUCGUCCAGUAAGUUGCGGACUCCCACUGCCCCAUCUCCCCUGGCUCUCCGACAGCCCAUGAAGGUCAUGUCUAAUCAUGGUUCAGGCACAGCCACGCCCACACGCUCUAUGGCGCCGCCUCGCAGUGGCCUGCCCCGCCCCACUGCUAGCACAGGAGGGGGUUUACCGGUGCCUCGCAGCAAACUGGUCCAGCCUGUGCGCAGGUCUCUGCCAGCUCCAAGGACGUACAGUGGUAUCAGAGACGAGACCUGGAGAGAGGGCUGCUACUGAGCAUGCCCGGAACCAACAGCACAAAUAGGAUUUCAGUACAAUGUGGCACUUUAUUGAGAUACGACUAUAACCCCCAGAAAUAUGAGACUCAUUCUUCCAAACAAACGAUUAUACCCUAUUUCAAUUGACAUUAGGUAGAUGUGGAAGGCAGGCUGGACUACACUGAAUGGGAUUCAGCCACUCGAGGGCGCCCUCGCCUACCAAACAGCACCUGUACUGCAAACGGCUCAGAAUCCACAAUCCUGCUUGCUAAUGCAAACCAUCCCAACCCAACCCACCACUAAAGAAAUAAGACAAAUGAAUAACCUAUUUUCUCUGUAACAGAUUAGUGGCAAUCCCUUGUUCUUAUGUUGCUAAUUCAUCUGAACAUUGGGCUCUUGAAACUCAAGUCGUGGUUUUUAUGGUGAUACAAAGUCACCACCGUGGCAAUUGCAUUCUGUCAGAAUGUCUUUCAUAUCUGUGUGACUUAUUAUUUAUUUGAAAUCAUUAUUUAAUGUUACUUUCAAAGAGUAUUCACACAGUAUUUGGUCUAUAAAUAUGUUUAAUGAGCAUAAAUGUAUUUAUGCUUUUUUUUUUCUUUCUAAAUGUCAUUGUUGUACCUCAACUGCAAAGCUAAGUUUCCAAAGCAUUUUUGAUGUCUGAACAAUGUUGGAUACAUUUCAGAGUUUGUGCACAAAUGUGUUUAGUUUGAGCCCUCGAAUAAACAGUAGGAAUGAUGCUUUUUCUCAAGGAGACGGUCAUGAGGCUGAGACAGGGAUCAGUAAGAAGUUAAAGGCAAAUUUGUGAUUGUAUGUCCUAACUUAUAUACAGGCUUGAGAACAACUAAAUUGGGUAAACUGUUGUUAUUGUCAAAUUGUGUUCAAUAGUCCAUCGAUUGAUGUCCCAGUGAUAUUGUCUCAGUGGCAAGGGUCAUAAAAGAUGUUGUGUGGGUAAAGUGUAGUGGUUAUUUACUAUUAAUUUGGGAAAACUUCUGGUUAUGUCAUUUGUUGUCAUCCUCCCCAUUGAUGAAUGGCCAAGAAAUAACGGCAAUUGAAUGGCAGUGCCACUUAAACAUAUGGGAAUGACAUAUCGCUGCACACAAGCAUACACUUGAGAUUGCACAAGUUUGUUUAAAAAAAAGAAAAUAGUGCCUAUAAUUUAUCAGAUUCUGUGAUUGCUACAACUGUUCUUUUUUUGUUUGUUUGUGCCAAUUGCUUUUUGCCAAUAUUAUUUACUUCAGGGUUUUUUUGCAUUUCUUGCUCAAUUUUUGUUUGAUUUUUGUACAUUGCUUUGAUUACAUUUAUAUUUGCUUUUUGUAACAGAAGUACAUUCUAAAAAUCCCUGGAUAUUUAUUACUAAAUACUAUGCUCUGACAAGAGGCUUAUUUAUUAAAUGGUGAGAUGCCUCAGUGUGGUGAGAUACAGAGUUAGUGGGAUGCUUGAGCCUAGUGUGGUCAUAAAAACAUGACAUGCCAUUUUGUGGAUUUUUUUUGUUUUGUUUUUUUUGGUAAAGGCUUUUAUAUCUCCACAAACAUGAUGCUCGGUUUCCCUGCGUUAAAAUCACAUUUCAAAUAAAAGGUGAAAAAUG